AUGCUUGUACCAAACUUCAUUUGGCAAAGGAUGGAAGUAAUUGCUGGGAUAGUCUUACAGAACUUGAACUCUUUUGCUAAAGAGGAGUUUGGAAUCGUUUGGAAUCUCAAAGAUGAUGUACAACAAAUGAAGAGGACAGUAUCUGCAAUAAAAGCUGUUCUCCUGGAUGCAGAGGCAAAGACCAACAACCUUCAGAUCAGUAAUUGGUUGGAGGAGCUGAAAGAUGUACUAUAUGAUGCAGAUGACUUGCUCGAUGAUAUCUCUACUGAAGCUUUGAAGACAAAAGUGAUAGGUGGUAGCAGAAUCUUGAAAGAGGUACGGAUUUUCUUCUCCCGAGCAAACCAAAUUGUCUAUGGUUUAAAAUUGGGUCAUGAAAUGAAAGCAAUCCAGAAGAGGCUAGAUGCUAUUGCUAAAAACAAGAUUACAUUGCAAUUGACUGACCGUCAUACGGAGACUCCAAUAGCAUACAGGGAGCAGAGAAAAACUUACUCUUUUGUGAGUGAAGAUGAUGUCAUUGGGAGAGAGGAGGAAAAAAAGCUUCUUAAAAGCUAUUUGCUACACACCAAAGUGAGUGUGAUAGACAAUGUGUCUGUAGUUCCCAUAGUUGGUUUUGGGGGGCUAGGUAAGACUACCCUUGCUCAACUUGUUUAUAAUGAUAAUGCUGUACAACGCUAUUUUGAGCAAAAGAUGUGGGUGUGUGUCUCAGAUGAAUUUGACAUAAGGAAAAUAGCUGAAAAGAUAAUUGGGAAUGAUAAGAACAAUGAGAUUGAGCAAGUACAGCAAGAUCUCAGAAACAAAAUUCGAGGGCAAAAGUUUCUACUUGUGCUGGAUGACGUGUGGAAUGAGGAUAGGGAGCUGUGGCUUAAAUUGAAGAGCUUAGUUAUGGAAGGAGGUAAAGGGAGUGCCGUAAUUGUAACAACACGUAGUAGGACCGUGGCAAAAAUAAUGGCCACACAUCCACCCCUUUUCUUAAAAGGUCUUGAUUUAGAAAGAUCUUGGAAGCUAUUCUCUCGAGUGGCUUUUGAUGGGGGGAAAGAACCAAAUGAUCAGGAGUUGUCAGCCACAGGAAGGGAUAUUGUUAAAAAAUGUGCUGGGGUUCCCCUUGCCAUAAGAACUAUUGGCAGCCUCUUGUACUCUCGAAACUUGGGCCGGAGUGAUUGGGUAUAUUUUAGUGAAGUUGAGUUUUCAAAGAUAGAUCAACACAAGGACAAAAUCUUUGCAAUCCUUAAACUCAGUUAUGAUCAUCUUCCUUCAUUUUUGAAAAAUUGUUUUGCUUAUUGUUCGUUGUUUCCAAAAGGUUUCGAGUUUGACAAGAAAACACUCAUUCAGUUAUGGGUGGCUGAGGGGUUCAUUCAACCGUCACAUGACAAUAGAUGUGAAGAAGAUGUUGGUCAUGAUUACUUCAUGAAUUUGCUGUCAAUGUCACUUUUCCAAGAUGUGACCUUAGAUGAUUGUGGUGGCAUUAUUACAUGUAAAAUGCAUGACCUGAUACAUGAUUUAGCACAGCUAGUGGUUGGGAAAGAAUAUGCCUUUGUUGAAGGAAAAAAAGAGAACAUUGAAAACAGAACACGUUAUUUGUGCUCUUGUACUUCAUUACAUUUUGCAGAGAAAACAUCAUCAUCUUCCAACAAGUUAAGGACGGUUAUUUUGCUUGGAGAGCCACUUUAUGGAAGCCAAAGUAUGGGUAAGCUACGUCUUCAUUUUCCUUUUCUCUUAAGCAUAAAGUGCGUACGGGUGUUAAGACUGUCUGGGUUGGAUAUUACAACACUUCCAAAUAGUAUUCGAGAGUUGAAGCACUUGAGAUAUCUUGAUCUUACAAUGAAUAAGUUUCUGGUAAAUCUUCCACCAGAUGUUACAAGCCUACAUAACUUGCAGACUAUAAAACUUUCUCAAUGUGGCAAACUUAGAGAAUUACCCACAGAUCUCAACAAAAAUCUUAGGCAUCUUGAAUUGAAUGAUUGUGAGGCAUUGGCAUGUAUGCCAUGUGGGUUGGGACAAUUGACCAAUCUUCAAACACUCACACAUUUUUUAUUGGACUGUGGAAGUAAAAAUGGUGAUAUAAGUGAACUGAGUGGGCUAAACAGCCUUAGAGGGAAAUUAGUGAUUAAAUGGUUGGAUUCCCUGCGAGAGCAUGCUGCAGUGGUUGAGUCUGCAAAGACACUUCUCAAAAAACAUCAUCUUCAAGAAUUGGAAUUACGGUGGUGGAUUAAUGAGAAGGUUUCGCUUUGGGAGGAUCCUAUUACAACAAGACGUAUGAACGAAGAAGAAAGCAGAAAGUUGGAAAAUGAGGAGUUAUUAUUACAAGGCCUGCCAGGCCCAUGGCACUCAACUAAAAGACUAAAAAAAGAAAAGAACUGGUUGAAAGAUGAGAACGUGUUGGCUUUUAUAAGUAAAAUGAAGAAAGAUGAGAAGAUAUUGCAAGGCCUGCAGCCACAUCACUCAAUAAAAAAACUAGUAAUAGAUGGAUAUUGUGGCAAAAGUUUACCAGACUGGAUCGAGAAUCUCUCAUCACUCGUGAGUCUUGAAAUCAGUAAUUGCAAUGGUUUGAAAUCACUGCCUGAUGGCAUUCGGAACCUUGUGUCUUUACAACGACUCUCCAUAUAUAACUGCUCACUGCUAGAAAGAAGGUGUGCAAGAGGAAAUGGUGAAGAAUGGUCAAAAAUCGCUCAUAUCCCAAAAGUUGUAGUCUCUCCCUUUACACCAACUGCUCUCAGAUAUAUUAAUUGA